AUGGAUUCUUUGGCGAGGAAACAUUUUGAUGCUCAUUGGGACAACAACGAAGAAGUUAUUGUGUAUCCUUUAAUCAAGCUCUUCAAUUUUACCUUAGCUUGUCAAUUAUUCUUGAGUAUUGAGGAUGAUUCUCGUGUCAGUGAGUUACUCAAACCUCUUAAUAUGGUUGUUGAUGGACUCCUCAGCUUACCUAUUAAUUUACCGGGAGCGCCAUUAAAUCGUGGUAUCAAAGCUUCCAAAUUUACCCGAAAGGAAUUUGAAAAGAUGAUCAAGCAGAGAAUGGAUCAGAUGCAUGUUUUAAAAGAGGACGAGGAGAAGAAGAUGAAAGAAUGUUUGUCAUCAGACUCAUCACCAUCAUCCUUGUCUCCAGUACUGCAUCCACCUGCUCAAGACAUUUUGUCACAGAUGAUUCUAUUCAGAGAUAUAAAUGAUGAUCUUGUGGAUGCUGAAGCUACCAGUGCUCAUACUGAGCAACGAGAAAUUGCAAAGUCGAAAGCACCCGAAGAGUGGCUAAAUAUAUAUGACGUAUAUAAAAUGAUGUACUCAUGGAAUGUGGUUUCUGAAGUACUGAGACUCUCGCCACUGUUGCAGGGAGGUUACACUGAGGCACUGACAAACUUUAUCUAUGCAGGAUAUUUCAUUCCAAAAGGAAUGAAGUUGUUCCGGAGUGGAAUUUCAAGCCACAUGAAUCCAGAGAAUUUUCCAGAUCCUGAAAAGUUUGAUCCAUCACGAUUCCAAGGCAAUGGACCUGCUCCAUACACAUAUGUACCGUUUGGUGGAGGACCUGGAAUGUGUCCUGGAUUUGAGUGUGCUCGAGUGCAAAUUCUUAUUUUCCUGCACCACGUUGUAAGAAGCGUAGUAGUCAAUCCUAGAGGUUGUGCAAGAGCUAUCAUAGUUUGCGCGCUCGAAUCCCUACAAAUGAACCCUGCUCCCGCCAUACUUGGGUGGCCCCUAACUGAACCAUCAGUGUUUAUUUUAAUUCAAUCUGAUGCUGGGGUGGACCAACAAACAUGA